AGGUGAGGCCAGAUGACGAUCAGUAAGGUCCCGGGAGGUCGAGGAGCGGCUUCGUGCAGCGUUGCGUGCGAUUCGCGAAUUGGAGGCGCCGAGGAUCUUACAGGAUUGUCGUCAUGCAGGGAGAAUAAGAGAAGGUAGGAGGUAGGUAUGUAGGUAGAAGCGAACGGGACUUUAUUGGGUGCUUACUUUCCACGAUGCGCAUUGGCAGCCAGUUGUCUCCAAGCAGAAGCCUUGCUUUCGGACGUGUGUGUCUGUGUUGUUGUUUUAUUUUCCCGCUAUUGCUGUUGUCUCUAACACACAUAACAUCCAUGGAUAGCAUGGGAUGUUGUUCUAGGUAUGUAGGUCGAAGAGAGUUGUUAGAAGCUAUCGCACGCAUCGCUGCCCAAUUCCUUCGACACCUUCUCCCGGUGACGAUAGCGGUAGCACUCCUAGCGCAGUCGCGUGGUUCCAACGGCCACCUGGGCUAACGUGGUCUUAGAUUGGGUAGCACCCGGGAAGGGAAGCG